GAUGGCGGCGGCGGCGGGGCCCGCGGGUCCGGCCGGGCCCGAGAGCCGGGUGCUGGGCUACACCCUGCACCGCUGGAGCAGCUUCUCCUCCACCUACCUGCCCGAGAAUAUUUUAGUGGACAAGCCUAAUGAUCAGUCUUCAAGGUGGUCUUCAGAAAGCAACUACCCUCCCCAGUAUUUGAUUCUGAAACUCGAAAGACCUGCCAUAGUCCAAAGUAUCACCUUUGGCAAAUAUGAGAAGACUCAUGUCUGCAAUUUAAAGAAGUUUAAAGUCUUUGGUGGGAUGAAUGAAGAAAACAUGACAGACCUAUUAUCCAGUGGCUUAAAGAAUGAUUAUAACAAAGAAACAUUCACCUUGAAGCAUAAAAUUGAUGAACAGAUGUUCCCCUGUCGAUUCAUUAAGAUAGUUCCACUGUUAUCAUGGGGGCCCAGCUUCAAUUUUAGUAUCUGGUAUGUUGAACUUAAUGGCAUUGAUGAUCCAGAUGUGGUCCAACCCUGCCUCAACUGGUACAGCAAGUACCGUGAACAGGAAGCCAUUCGUCUAUGUCUAAAGCAUUUUCGCCAGCACAACUACACUGAGGCUUUUGAAUCACUGCAGAAGAAAACCAAGAUUGCGCUAGAGCACCCAAUGUUGACAGAUCUGCAUGACAAACUAGUGCUGAAAGGAGACUUUGAUGCUUGUGAAGAAUUGAUAGAAAAAGCUGUAAAUGAAACUGUUUAUUUGUUUGGUGGCUGGGAUGGGACUCAGGAUCUGGCUGACUUCUGGGCAUACAGUGUGAAGGAAAACCAGUGGACCUGUAUAUCUAGAGAUACUGAAAAAGAGAAUGGUCCUAGUGCCAGAUCUUGUCACAAGAUGUGCAUCGAUAUUCAGCGAAGGCAAAUCUACACACUGGGCCGUUAUCUGGAUUCCUCCGUGAGGAACAGUAAAUCUCUGAAAAGCGAUUUCUACCGUUAUGACAUUGACACGAACACAUGGAUGUUGCUAAGUGAAGACACUGCAGCAGAUGGAGGUCCCAAGCUGGUGUUUGAUCAUCAGAUGUGUAUGGAUUCAGAAAAACACAUGAUCUAUACGUUUGGAGGUAGGAUUUUGACAUGUAAUGGCAGUGUAGAUGACAGCAGAGCCAGUGAACCUCAAUUUAGUGGAUUGUUUGCUUUUGACUGUCAAUGUCAAACAUGGAAACUGCUGAGAGAAGAUUCGUGUAAUGCUGGACCUGAGGACAUCCAAUCCAGAAUAGGACACUGCAUGUUAUUCCAUUCGAAAAACCGCUGUUUAUAUGUAUUUGGUGGGCAGAGAUCGAAGACUUAUUUGAAUGAUUUCUUCAGCUAUGAUGUUGACAGCGAUCACGUGGAUAUCAUAUCAGAUGGCACCAAGAAAGAUUCAGGGAUGGUUCCUAUGACCGGUUUCACUCAGAGAGCCACCAUUGAUCCAGAACUGAAUGAAAUCCAUGUGUUGUCUGGGCUCAGUAAAGACAAAGAGAAACGGGAAGAGAAUGUUAGGAACUCUUUCUGGAUUUAUGACAUUGUGAGGAACAGUUGGUCUUGUGUCUAUAAGAACGAUCAAGCAGCAAAAGAUAAUCCAAGUAAAAGCCUUCAGGAGGAGGAGCCCUGCCCCAGGUUUGCCCAUCAGCUGGUGUAUGAUGAGUUGCACAAGGUUCAUUAUUUGUUUGGAGGAAAUCCUGGCAAAUCCUGCUCUCCGAAGAUGAGGCUGGAUGACUUCUGGUCACUGAAGCUCUGUCGGCCUUCGAAGGAAUACCUGUUGAGACACUGCAAAUACCUCAUAAGAAAGCACAGGUUUGAAGAAAAGGCCCAAACUGACCCACUCAGUGCACUGAAAUACUUACAGAAUGACUUGUAUGUAACUGUGGAUCAUUCUGACCCUGAGGAGACAAAAGAGUUUCAGCUUCUUGCUUCAGCACUGUUCAAGUCUGGUUCAGAUUUCACCACUCUGGGAUUUUCGGAUGUUGACCAUACCUAUGCGCAAAGAACUCAGCUCUUUGAUACGUUAGUAAAUUUCUUUCCUGACAACAUGACUCCUCCAAAAGGCAACCUGGUAGACCUCAUCACACUGUGACAGAAAAAUCACUGGACAUGUGAAAGAAGAAAAAAGCAUCCAUUUUCAGUAUUUUAAUUUUUUUUUACUGCAUUGAUUGACUGCUGUGUGCAGUAUAUAGUGACCCCUGGGUCUUUGAAUAGGGCUUUAUACUUGUAUAAUGAAUACCUGAGGUUUUUCCCCUUGUUGAAUUAGGCUAAUAAAAUGUAACUGACAUAAAAAAAAAUAUAUAUAUAUAUAUGUAUAUAUAUUUUCUGAUUUUGACUUAAGAGUUAGCAAAUGUAAGAAGAAGAAAUCAAUCAUGCAGUCAUCCUUUUUGCAUUUAGGGGAAAUGCUGAGAUUUUUCAGUCUCCUUGAAACUGAAGAUGGUUUUACUUUGGUUUUUUUUUUUUAAAUGCCUCUUGCUUGAUUGUAACUAGUCAUGACAUUUGCUUUGCCCUACUGGCUUUAUUCACAGCAGUUGUGUAGCUUGGCAGCAGGACACUGCUGUACAUUAAGGUAAUGUGUGUCUUUAUUGACUUGAGUCCUGUAAUUGUAAUGUGCAGUGUGAAGGAGGAUAUCUCAAAUUUGCCACCCUCUUAUAGUCUGAGAAACUGACUAACACUAGCGUGUAAUUGGAUUUGCUAUAGAGUGUGAACAUAAAUAUUUAGCUGGUGCUACUGUGAAUGCCUGGCUUCCAUUCUCUGAAGCCUUCUACUUAAAGCUGGCAGUCAAGUUUGAACCUCAGAGAAACCUUUGAAAAUAGAAUGCAGGAGGUGCUGGUACAAGCAUUUCUUCAGGGAUGGUUUUAUGUCUGUGCCUCUCCUGUGCUGUUUUCAUGACAAACUUUGCAAGUCCUUGUAGAGUUCUACAGAAUUGGGUCUUCCACAUCCCCCAGGCACACGCUGCACCUCUACAGCACUUCAGUCUGGAUGCAGUUUUCCAAAGCAGCACGUCUGGGUUUACGUACAUGUUGGCUCUGUGCGUAUAUUUGUGUGUGAAUGUGAAAUUUAAUGAGGAUUGUUCUCAACAGCUUGUUUUUUGUCUUUGUCCUAUGUAGCACAGCUCAUUUAAGUGCAUCUUAGAAUUAUUCUGUGCACAAAGGCCUCUCCCCUUGUUUAAAGGAUGGAUUUAUUAAAAUAAGCUGAAUGCAUAUGUCCAGAAAGUGGACUUUAUUUUCUCCCUUGCAGAAAACGUUCUUUGUAUGUAGGCCUACGGGCUUGGAGCUGCACUGUGUCCGUAAAGUAUAAUGAAGGACACAUGCACCUAGUGUUAGCAUAUACUUAAAUUCAGUGCCAGAAAGCAUGCAGUUCAAACUGGUUGAUAAAUUAUAUAAAGACUGUAGAGAUUCAUGUCUAGAGGGCCAACAGCCCAUAGGACAUGAAUCCUGAAUUUCCUGUGUCUGAGUAACUUUUUUCUCUGAAUUUACUGGAAGUAUUGUGUCUGCAGGGAUGAUGGAUUAGACUUUUUUUAAAUGAAAAGAAAUGACAGUGAAGAAUAUUUUUUUCAUAGUUCUAGUAUUCUUGUGCUUUCAUUCAGUUAGUCCCUUUCUUCCUCACAUUUUGUUUCCAGUUUCAGUACAUUGGAAAUCAUGAUGAAAAAUUUGUAAUAAUAUUUAGCUUUUUAAGCUAUUAAACACCCAGAAAUUAACAGUACAUUAGAGGCUGGAUUUGCUUUAAAAACUAAGUGAUUAGACUUGACUUUUUUUUUCCCCCUUGAAAGGAUUAUAGAUGUAGGGGGGUUUUUUUGUU